GACCGAAACAUCUUGAUUACACCGACCAUGAUUGCAGUCCAGUCCGCUACUGAAGUUCCUAAUCCUCUCUCAGUGCCAUCAAAUGCUCCGGAACACUGUCCGGGAACCGAAUCUGAAUUCGCCGGAAAGUCAACAGCAUGUGAAGGAUGUGCCAACCAAGAAAUAUGCGCUUCCAACACACCGAAGGGUCCUGAUCCUGCACUUUCCUUCAUCAAACAAAGGAUGUCUUCCGUAAAGCGCAAGAUUCUGGUUCUGUCAGGCAAGGGAGGCGUUGGGAAAUCAACUUUCACAGCACAAUUAGGUUGGGCUUUUGCUGCUGACGAAUCCACGCAGACAGGCAUCAUGGACGUCGAUAUCUGCGGUCCUUCGAUACCGACCAUCCUUGGUAUUGCUUCAGAGCAAGUUCACUCCUCUUCCACUGGUUGGUCACCCGUGUAUGUACAAGACAAUCUCGGAGUCAUGUCUGUUGGAUUCAUGCUUCCUUCCUCCCGUGACGCUGUGAUGUGGCGAGGACCCAAGAAGAACGGACUGAUAUCACAAUUUCUCAAAGAUGUCGAUUGGGGUGAUCUUGACUAUUUGGUAGUCGAUACGCCACCAGGAACGUCCGACGAGCAUCUGAGCAUCGUACAGUUCUUGAAAGAAAGUGGUAUAGAUGGCGCUGUCCUCAUAACCACACCACAAGAGGUCGCGUUACAGGACGUACAUCGGGAGAUUGAUUUUUGCAAGAAGGUUGGCAUUCGAAUAUUGGGCAUUGUGGAAAAUAUGUCUGGUUUUGUGUGCCCGUCUUGUAAGACGGAAUCACAGAUAUUCAAGCCAAGCACAGGCGGGGCGAAAAGACUGGCAGAGGAAACUGGCAUCGAGCUUCUGGGUGCUGUACCAUUGGACCCAAGGAUAGGAAAGAGCGCAGAUUAUGGAGUCAGCUUCUUGGAUGAAUAUCCUGACAGCCCUGCUACUACAGCAUAUCUAGAUAUCAUCGGGCGCAUCAAGGAAAUUUUAGGCGACAAUUGAAUUUUCAGAAUCCUACUUGCAAUUCCUGGAUAGGAUAGGAUAGGAUAUGAAUUAUACUGGCGAGGUCCGAUUCCCGAACAACCAGUUUACCAUGUACUGUACAAUAU